UCUCUCUCUGUCUCACGGCAGCGCACACAGUCUGCCUGUAGAACUUCAGUCUAGCAGAAGUGUGUGAGCUCGCGUGAGCUGGAGGAUGAUGAUGGAUGCAAUACCGUGUCGUCUCGUGUUUUUAGCCCUCUUUUUUGGAGCCAGGAUCCAGCACACAGAAGCCUUACAAUGCUACUGUCAUCGGUGCCCGAACCACACCUGUGCCACAGACGGUCUGUGCUACGUGUCUAUCACCAAAUCGGGCAGCGUCACCACGCAACAGAGCUGGUGCAUCAGCGAGACGGAGCUUAUCCCACGCGACCGGCCCUUUGUCUGUGCGCCUUCCACAAAGGACGACACUGGGAUUUUCCCAAUGUGCUGUGACACAGACUGGUGCAACAAGAACCCAGACCUCACAUUAAUCCCAGUGCCAACACAGAAGCCACAGGCGUUGGGACCCGUAGCAUUUGCGGCCCUGAUUGCGGGCCCCGUGUGUGUGGUGUGCUUCAUGAUGGUUACCGUCUUUUACAUCUGCCACAGCCGCUCGGUGAUCCAUCACCGCGUGCCUAAUGAGGAAGAUCCCUCGUUGGACCACCCCUUCAUCACCGUGGGAGCCACGCUUAAAGACCUCAUCUACGACAUGACCACAUCAGGCUCGGGCUCCGGUUUGCCUCUCCUUGUGCAGAGGACCAUAGCAAGAACCAUUAUCCUACAGGAGAGCAUCGGCAAGGGCCGCUUUGGAGAGGUGUGGCGGGGGAAGUGGAGAGGAGAGGAGGUGGCAGUCAAGAUCUUCUCCUCCAGAGAGGAACGGUCCUGGUUUCGGGAGGCGGAGAUCUACCAGACCGUGAUGCUCCGCCAUGAGAAUAUUUUGGGCUUCAUCGCCGCUGACAACAAAGACAAUGGGACAUGGACCCAGCUGUGGUUGGUUUCAGACUACCACGAGCACGGCUCACUAUUCGACUACCUGAAUCGGUAUACGGUGACCGUGGAGGGCAUGAUCAAGCUGUCUCUGUCCACUGCCAGCGGCCUGGCUCACUUGCACAUGGAGAUUGUGGGAACACAAGGCAAGCCUGCUAUCGCCCACAGGGAUUUAAAAUCAAAGAACAUCUUAGUCAAAAAGAACGGCACAUGCUGUAUCGCCGACCUGGGUUUGGCCGUGCGCCACGACUCAGCCACAGAUACCAUCGACAUUGCCCCCAAUCACAGAGUGGGCACCAAAAGGUAUAUGGCUCCAGAGGUGCUGGAUGAUUCGAUAAAUAUGAAGCAUUUUGAGCCUUUUAAGAGGGCAGACAUCUACGCCAUGGGCUUGGUCUUCUGGGAAAUUGCGAGCAGAUGUUCUAUGGGAGGUAUUCAUGAAGACUACCAGCUGCCGUACUUUGAUCUGGUGCAGUCAGACCCUUCAGUAGAGGACAUGAGGAAAGUCGUGUGUGAACAGAAAUUACGACCUAACAUUCCAAACAGGUGGCAGAGCUGUGAGGCUCUACGGGUCAUGGCCAAGAUCAUGAGAGAAUGCUGGUACGCCAAUGGAGCAGCUCGCCUCACCGCCCUGCGCAUCAAAAAGACCCUGUCCCAACUCAGCCAGCAGGAGGGAAUUAAAAUGUAGGCCGGUUGGCACCGUUUCAAAAACUGACACUAUUACACUAGUUAUCGUUACCUUUAUCACUAUCCUUUAUUAUCGCAUCACACUCUGUUCUCAAGAGAGGACGUGAGCACUUUGAAUGAAGUUUUGCAUUAAAUUUUUUUCGGCCGUCUUAUCGUCGCGCGUGGACUUUGCCGUGGCCCUACAAGGGAUUCGAGAAUAUGUACUCUUCCCAGCCCUGCACCCGUGACGAAAUAACCAAUAUCUUCUGGUAUGGGACGUCCAUCUGCUUUUAUUGAUAGGCUGACCCUGAGGAUUACGGGAUAUCGGUUUCCAACAUAUGAGCGUGGCAGAUACGGGUGCUGGGUUAAAUGAAAGAAAAGAAGGAUUUAUUUUGUAUUUAUACAACAGUUUUUUUCUCUCAUGGAUGGCUGACUGUUUACGGUUGACUGAUUUCUGUGGGACCUUAUUUUUGCACCUUGAUUUUCCUUUUUUUCUGUUUAUCACUGCUGUUCUUCAGGUCAGUGCAACUUGUGCGUUUCGUUUUCCUUUUUGCAAAAACAAAACUGGACACGACCUCAUUCAGUCUAGGCGAACAUGCUGUGACAUAUGCAAUAUAGAUAAAAGCUACUUUAUAUUUUUACUGCUCUGCUACAACAACUUCAACUACAAUGACAACCAUGCCUUCCAAGCCAGGUGUUACCAGAAAGUGCCACUGCUUUGAACCAACCCACCCUCACGGUGUGAGCCGGCCCCUUCGGUCAGUAAACCGUAAAGAUUUUUCAUAAAGGUUCUUCAGGCGUCUCUUAUGCACAAGGAGCAAAAGGGGCCACCACACUCGAAUCUCGCUGGUGCCAUUCUUUAUCAUUUCUGCCUCUUCUUCAUCUUCAUCGAUGCAGCAAUGAGGGAUGUAACAACGAUCCAGACCUCUUCUCAUUUUAUGGCUUCUGUUUUUCGGACAAUAUUCGGGGCAAUAGCUGCACAUUGGUACGCCAAUGACUGACCCGAUUACCCUGUUGGUGCUGUGAUUGGACACCUGUCUUUGUUCUCUCGUUCGAUUGGUCGGAGAGGGGAAUCCGUAAAAGCGUGAGUACUACAUCAAGGACUCAGUAUUUGUCACUUGAUGCAAAAAAUAAAGAGGAGGUGAGUGACUAGCUAUGGCCACUGGUGGCGUCGAAGGGAUGUUUUUUCCACACAAAAAAAAAACUGAUGGCAUUUUGAAAGGAAUAAAUGAAGUUGCCCUACGAUAAGAAUAUUAGACAAUUCCGUUUUCGUUGUAUAAAAUGGUACAGUACAUGCAGAUAAACAUAACAAAUGGAUAUUCACCAAGCCAUAGGUUUUCCAACAUUUUGUGGCAACUUUUUCUAGCAGAAUUUAUUAAAGAGAAAUAAAUUCUGCAUUUCGGGCUAGACUUAAGGGACCAAUUGGUUUUGUUGUAAAAAGCUAUGUUUGAAUGGACUAUAAUAAUAGUAAGGUCAAUACAGUAUGUAACAGAAUACAUAAAUGUAGCACCAGUUCUUGCAGUUUAUGUGUCUCUAUGAAGUUGAACCAAUCGUGUUGCCACCCAAACAACCUUGCUGUCUCCAGUAUCAAAGCCGGAUGAUAUUUAAUAGCGUUGUGUUACAUAGUUGCAUUCAUAAAGACUGAAACGGCGCUCUAAACUUGACUAAACAGGUUUCUGUCGACUUUAUUUUCUCAAGGUAUCAAUUUCUGAACUUUAAGAGCUUUUUUAACCAUGUAACUUGAGAUUUUUGAUUUGUAAUAUCUCUGCAACACUUUAUAAUAGAAAAUCGCCAGUGACAAUUUUAGUGAUUAAUAAGUCCCUUAGUUUAAAAAACAACAAUGUGAAUGUUUUCAUUGGUUUAGCAAUAACUGCAGUUCAAGCAUGUUGUUUGCUUUGCUCUGCUGGUCAAGUAUUUGGUCAUGCGUCUGUGAAUAACAUUGCUGCUAUGCAUUAUGAGUCUCUUUGCUGGAGCAGGUAAAGACACGGUAGUUCACAGUACCAAAAGAAGCCCAAAUCUUAUUUAGGAAGGCUUUAUUUUUGCUGGUAUAUUUAUUUUGAUUUUUAAUAAACCAUUGAUGUAGUAAUUAAGAUUGUUAAGUGUUUCAAAAUAAACACAACUAUGUGUUAUGAGUUUAAGAGUUUGUUUGAAUCGGCAUUAGUUAAAGGAAUCUGUAUUUCAGUACACAAAUUUGUGCCAGUCACUCGAAUUAAAAGUAUUAUUAAAGUCUGUAACUUCUUGAUCGUUGGACGUGUCACCCGGAGACCCAGUGAGCUGUCAUAUGCGUAGACGUUACAACCCUGCCUCGAGGCAUUUCGUGGUAUAGUCACAAAAUUUUUGAUUUAUUUAUUCGUGUUCAUGGACAUGAUUUUCCUCUUUUUUUGUCAUUGACAAAUUUCUAUAAAUAGUUUUCGUGUCCCUGAGAACAACUUUCUUUUUCGUGUCAUUGACGAAUUUUUGUAAAUAGUUUUUGUGUCCCUGAAAACGACUUUCUUUUUCGUGUAAUUGACAAAUUUCUGUAAAUUGUUUUUCGUGUCCCUGAGAACGACUUUCUUUUUCAUGUCAUUGACGAAUUUUUGUAAAUAGUUUUUCGUGUCCCUGAGCACGACUUUCUUUUUCGUGUAAUUGACAAAUUUCUGUAAAUUGUUUUUCGUGUCCCUGAGAACGACUUUCUUUUUCGUGUAAUUGACAAAUUUCUGUAAAUUGUUUUUCGUCUCCCUGAGAACGACCUUCUUUUUCGUGAAAUUGACAAAUUUCUGUAAAUUGUCUUUCGUGUGCCUGAGCACGACUUUCUUUUUCGUGUAAUUGACAAAUUUCUGUACAUUGUUUUUCGUGUCCCUGCGAACGACUUUCUUUUUUGUGUUAUUGACAAUUUUCUAUAAAAAGUUUUUGUGUCCCUGAAAACGACUUUCUUUUUCGUUUUAUUGACGAAUUUCUAUAAAUAGUUUUUUUUGUGUCCCUGAGAACGACUUUCUUUUUCGUGUUAUUGACGAAUUUCCAUAAAAAGUUUUUGUGUCCCUGAAAACGAUUUUCUUUUUCGUUUUCUUGGCGAAUUUCUAUAAAUAGUUUUUCGUGUCCCUGAGCACGACUUUCUUUUUCGUGUAAUUGACAAAUUUCUGUAAAUUGUUUUUCGUGUCCCUGAGAACGACUUUCUUUUUCGUGUCAUUGACGAAUUUUUGUAAAUAGUUUUUCGUGUCCCUGAGAACGACUUUCUUUUUCGUGUAAUUGACAAAUUUCUGUAAAUUGUUUUUCGUGUGCCUGAGCACGACUUUCUUUUUCGUGUAAUUGACAAAUUUCUGUAAAUUGUUUUUCGUGUCCCUGAGAACGACUUUCUUUUUCGUGUUAUUGACGAAUUUCUAUAAAAAGUUUUUGUGUCCCUGAAAACGACUUUCUUUUUCGUUUUAUUGGCGAAUUUCUAUAAAUAGUUUUUGUGUGCCUGAGCACGACUUUCUUUUUCGUGUAACUGACGAAUUUCUAUAAAUAAUUUUUCGUGUCCCUGAGGACGACUUUCUUUUUCGUGUAAUAGACAAAUUUCUGUAAAUUGUUUUUCUUGUCCCUGAGCACGACUUUCUUUUUCGUGUAAUUGACGGAUUUCUAUAAAUAAUUUUUCGUGUCCCUGAGGACGACUUUCUUUUUCGUGUUAUUGACGAAUUUCUAUAAAAAGUUUUUGUGUCCCUGAAAACGACUUUCUUUUUCGUUUUAUUGACGAAUUUCUAUAAAUAGUUUUUUGUGUGCCUGAGCACGACUUUCUUUUUCGUGUAACUGACGAAUUUCUAUAAAUAAUUUUUCGUGUCCCUGAGGACGACUUUCUUUUUCGUGUAAUAGACAAAUUUCUGUAAAUUGUUUUUCUUGUCCCUGAGCACAACUUUCUUUUUCGUUUUAAUUGAUGAAUUUCUAUAAAUUGUUUUUCGUGUCCUUGAGAACGACUUUCUUUUUCGUGUCAUUGACGAAUUUCUAUAAACAGUUUUUUUGUGUCCCUGAACACGACUUUCUUUUUCGUUUAAUUGACAAUUUUUAUAAAUUGUUUUUUCUGUCUCUAAGAACGACUUUCUUUUCCGUGUAAUUGACGAAUUUCUAUAUGUUGUUUUUUGUGUGCCUGAGCACGAGUUUCUUUUUUGUGUCAUUGAUGAAUUUCUAUAAAAAGUUUUUGUGUCCCUGAAAACGACUUUCUUUUUCGUUUUAUUGACGAAUUUAUAUAAAUAGUUUUUCGUGUCCAUGAGGACGACUUUCUUUUUCAUGUAAUUGACAAAUUUAUGUAAAUUGUUUUUCGUGUUCCUGAGAACAACUUUCUUUUUCGUUUAAUUGACAAUUUUUAUAAAUUGUUUUUUCUGUCUCUAAGAACGACUUUCUUUUCCGUGUAAUUGACGAAUUUCUAUAUGUUGUUUUUUGUGUGCCUGAGCACGAGUUUCUUUUUUGUGUCAUUGAUGAAUUUCUAUAAAAAGUUUUUGUGUCCCUGAAAACGACUUUCUUUUUCGUUUUAUUGACGAAUUUAUAUAAAUAGUUUUUCGUGUCCAUGAGGACGACUUUCUUUUUCAUGUAAUUGACAAAUUUAUGUAAAUUGUUUUUCGUGUCCCUGAGAACGACUUUCUUUUUCGUGUAAUUGACGAAUUUCUAUUUUCUAUGUUUAACCAAUGUCGCUUAGAGUUGGGUUUUGGGUUAAGAUGUCUGAAAUGUAACAAAGUCGUUCUAAUCCAAACCUCAAGUGACAAUGGUAAAAUUUUUUAAAAAUGAAUAAAAUACACAUAAAAAGCAUAAAGAGACAUGAAAAAUUUGUGACAAUGACACAGAAAAGAGGAAACUUGUGUUCACAAACACGAAUAAAUAAAUAAAAUAUUUCCUGAAUAUACCACGAAAUGCCUUGAGAUUGUGUUGAUAUACAGUGAAUGAAUGAAUGACUCCUGCUACAUGUUAAAAAUGCAAAAUUCCUGAAUGAAGUACUUUUUAUUGCGUGGAUAGGAAGUAUUGUCUAUAAAUAAUGUGUAAAUGUAUAUAAAUAUGUAUGUACGUGUGUCUGGCUGGCGGCUCUACGCCUUGUACAGUCUGUUACCGAAAAAUGAAAUUAAAGAGUAAAUUACACAACUUUACAAAAGAGCAACGAACGCCAGAGGAAAAAAUUCAUUUUGGAUGUUACUACGGUUGUUUCAGGGAAGUGCAGUUAAGCUUCACGCCACGUCAGUCAUUAUGAUGUUGGUUUUACAUUUUAUAUCGCCUUUUGUUUCACAUUUGAACAUGGUAACGUUAACAUACGUUCCAUUAUAACACGCAGGUUUCCUAUUGGCUAUAAAGGCCAGGCCACACCAGCUAUGUAUAACUUGACAGAAAAACCAUACCAUUGCACCUCUGGUUUCACACGAAUGAGCGAGACCCCAAGGCGUCUUUCAAACAGACCAUUCAUUUUUAGUGUAGCUUUUUGAAAUUUUUUGAGAAUGGACUAUUUGAGAAGACUGCACCCUUGAGGUCUCGCCCUCUAGCAGCUAACAUCUCACUUGAACUUCAGUGCCUCCUCCAAACUCAUUUGCAGCAUUGGGCACUAGUCAGCAUCCGUUCAUGGAGAUUUCAGUAGCCCGGAAGGUCGCAUCAGGUCCCCUUACUUGACCCAGACUCCUUCUCAGCCUGUGAUUGUUCAAUGGCAAAUUAUGCAAAAGUUUCACGCGCAAACUUGUUUUAUUACAUAUUGCGCCGUUUCAGGAAGACUAAUAAAUGUAAUCGCGACUGGCUGGGUGUAAAUGUCUAAUCCUAAUGCGACAGACGUGAAUGUUAAUAGCUCAGCAUUCCCGCAAUGUGCCGCCAACAACAGCACAAUUUGCAUAAUUUCAAUCAAGGUCACCCAUAUGCCGUUUUAAGGGGGUGUUUGAAAAUACACGGGUCUUACACUUCUUUAUGCAAAUUCAGAGGGUCACGCGGACCUCAGGCUCUCCAUGAGCAAUCGCUUUACUAGUUUGAUUGUACAGCUAUGCCAAUAUCCGGACACUGUGAGAAAGGCUUUUGAUGGACGGUGGCCCGGCUACACCAAAAAAUCGUCUAUCUCGUAUACAGUACAGUUACAGCAUGUAGACCUGCUAGGAUUUGAUCAAAAACAGGAAAAUGAAGUACAAGAGAGAUGUCUGGGUCAAUUAAGGGCAGCAAUGAGCUCAAGUUACCCAUAGUGCAUUUCACUCGGUCAGUGUCGUGGAAUGGUAAAGGAAAGCUUUAUCGUGUUGUAUUUGGUGCCUAAGUUUGACUAUGUCUUUGUUUUUAUAUUCCACUUAGAAAGAUGCACUGCAUGGGACUUAUUUCUUAUAGUUGCAUCACCUGUUUUUUUUUAAAUGUAUAUUUCAAAACGAAAAAAAAUGAUUUAAUUUCAAUACGUUUUGAAAAGGUCAAAAAGUAAAAAAUUACCUCCUCUGAAGACCAAUGUGUUUUUACCUCACUGUAUAUAUUUGAUUUGUUUACUCUGCAUUUUUUUUUCUUUAAAAUGCUAAAAUGACUUUUUGUGUCCGUGGUACUUGUCAAUGUCAAUGGCAUUGUGUCGUAUUAUUGUCCAGACAGUAUAUAUUCCUUCUUUAAACCAUUUAUUUGGUUUGAUUUUUCAUAUUUUGUUCUGUAUAUGGAUUACAAGUGCUUAAUGAUGUCAUACUAUAUCCUUUAAUGCCUCCUCCUCCUCAGCUGUAUAGGAAAUGCCUUGUAUACUGUUUCUUUUCCAAAAAAUAAAAAUUAUUAAAAAGAAAGGUGAAUGGAGACGUGUGGGGAAUUUCACAGAGACUACAUUGCAGAUACAGUGUGACCUGUGCCCUGUCUGAUUUCUAAAGGAUUAUGUAUUGAUUUUUUAAGGCCUUACAAAUCGACUACAUAGAAGUAUAGUGGAGUGACGCUCAGUGUUGCUUUCUAACAUAGUGGAAUAGAGAUGGGUGUUAAUAAAAAAUGUUCAAAACUUU